AGUCAGUUUUAUGUCACAUUAGGUUUUGGAUUGACUUUCCGGAAAGCAUUUCUUUUCAAAUUUCCCUCAGAGCUUAUGGCGUUCCUUACCAACAUCGGUCGUUUUAUAUCGAAGGAUAUAUUCUGGCGUUCAACUUGCCGCUUGAAUCGUAUUCCGAGACGUUUCAUUUCUUGCGACCCUUACCAUGAUACACUGCGGAAUCUGGUGCUCUGCAAGGACACCAAAGUCAUCUGCCAGGGCUUUACGGGCAAACAGGCCACAUUUCAUUGCAAGGAAGCUUUGAAAUACGGAACGAAAAUCGUCGGUGGCGUUUCGCCCAAAAAGGCCGGAACGAAGCAUUUGGACUUGCCCGUAUUCGAGUGCGUCGAGGAGGCUAAGCAGGAAACCCAGCCUCAUGCUUCGGUCAUAUAUGUCCCGCCUCCGGGAGCAGCUGAGGCUAUAAUGGAGUCCAUCGAGGCAGAGAUUCCGCUAAUUGUGUGCAUAACGGAGGGCAUACCCCAACAUGACAUGGUCAAGGUGAAGGCCGCCUUGAUGCAGCAGAACAAAUCCCGUUUGGUGGGCCCCAAUUGUCCGGGAAUUAUCGCGCCGGAAAACUGCAAGAUCGGCAUUAUGCCGGGUAACAUUCACAAGCGUGGCAUGGUGGGUGUGGUGUCGCGGUCGGGAACACUCACAUACGAGGCCGUCAAUCAGACCACAUUCUACGGCUUAGGUCAGACGCUGUGCGUGGGACUAGGCGGUGAUCCCUUCAACGGCACGAAUUUCAUCGACUGUCUAGAGCUGUUUCUGGAAGAUCCCGAGUGCAAGGGCAUAGUGAUGAUCGGGGAAAUCGGAGGUGACGCUGAGGAGAAGGCGGCCGAAUUUCUCAUGGAACACAAUUGCUGUGAUCCUCCGAAGCCAGUGGCUGCAUUCAUUGCCGGUCUUACCGCGCCUCCUGGCAGGCGAAUGGGGCACGCUGGUGCCAUAAUAUCCGGUGGCAAGGGUGGCGCCCAAGACAAAAUCAAUGCCCUGGAAAGUGCCAAUGUCGUAGUCACCAAUAAUCCCACCACGAUUGGCAAGGUGCUGUACAAGGAAAUGGUGAGUCUCGAGAUCGUUAAGGAGGAUGCCAAAAAGAAGAAAUGAACAGCAAAGCUCUGAUCGACGAGUUUGAGCUUUUUCCAUUUUAUUUUCUGUAUCACAGCCACACAUCUGAAUAAAUAAGAAUGCAUUUUCUUUCCGAUUUUCA